AUGGGGGACGAAGCAACGUCUACAACUUCUCUUGAGUUGGUAAACUGCUUCGUCUGCGACCUGAAGCAACGAAGGUAUCGGCUGCUGUGCGACACUCCCAGUUGCCAGAGAUAUCGUGGCAAGAUCUACUUGUGCAGCAGCUGUGGAGUAUUCUGUCCCAAAUGCAGCAUCCGAUUGCAUGCCAAUAACCUCUCCACUGCCAGUGGUCCCCCGACCUUGCAGACUUGGAGCUCUUUGCAAAGCAAAGGGAAGGAGGAGAGUGCGAAAGGCCAGGCCCAGGGGGGUCAAGGCUACAGCGGAAAAGGACAGAAAGGCGUGGAAAGCUUUCGUAAGGGCGGGGGCAAGACUUCUCCGAGCAAGGGAAAGCAGUGGCGGCCCGUCGGGAACCAAAUCGUUGAAAGGACGAUUUCGGUGGCUGGCUAUGCUAUUGGCACUGUCCUUGGUCAGAAUCGGGCUCAGCUCAAAGAGGUGCGGUCGUCCUAUCCAGGCCUUCAUAUCUCCGAGACGAAGAAAGACAAAGAAGAAACCUUUGUUGGCCCACGCGCUCAUGAAAUGGAGCUCGUCAUACGCGGACACGACGUGGAGAUGGUUGAUGAGGCAGUCCGCACCUUCCAGAUGCUGAUUGACAGGGCUGGGGCAUCUCACAAGCCUCCUCACUCAAAGAACACAUUGAUCGACGUCUCCAGCGCUUCGUGCGCGAAGUUGGUGCCGGCAGAUAUUAAGAAGUUCCAUGUUUGCCCCAUACAGCUGCAGCAAACAGCUGCAGGCGGCAGCGGAAGACGUUUCUUUGUCUUGGAGAAAGUGCCUUUUGACUCAAGCUUAGCAGGCGAUAGUGUCAGCGCAUACAGUUAUUGCCCGGACCAUUUCGACUGGAGUGCUUUACACCUGGAUUUCCAGCGGUGCCUUGAUACGGUUGCGCCCGAGAAGCUCAGUGAAGCUCGUGUUUCAGCUCGUUUUGGAAAGUUGUUCUUCUGGGGUCCGACACUGUCCCGGGAAACUGCGCAAAGGCCUGGUGCGAUAGAUCAACUCAGCUACAGGGACUGCCGACCACAGUGGGCGGCGCGCCUGAAGCGUCCCGUUGCAGAGGAACUUUCCGAGGUGCUCAAAAUGAGCGAUUUCAUGCUUUCUCAGCAGCUUACCAACACAACUCAUUAUAUCAAGACAGAAGAAGACGGUGCUAAGAUGGAGGUUACUUUCUUUGACCCUCAAUGUUCUGUUGCACGCGCAACUGAGAUGACACGACUUUGGUCUUGUACCUCACACCUCGAGGUACUGAAAAUUGAUUGUCAAGAGCAGGCAUCAAGUGGACGGGUCGCAUUGGCAAGGCGGAUGUUGGAGCUUUUGCUGCAUCCCUCCCAUAACGAGUUUGAGGGUUGCUGGUGUGCGAUGGACAUCAUCAAACGGGCUGCAGACGAUCUCUUGUCAAAGAUCGAGUUUCGCCCUCCUGACAUGCCGCUGGACCAAGCUCUGCGCAUCAGAGCGCCAUACCGUGAGGCUGGCGGGAGCGAGCCCAAACCUGGAGGCGUGCAGACGUUCGUCGCGAAGAAAGAGAGCGAACGUCUCUUCAGAGGUGACGUGUGUCGCCUUGGACACUCUCCAGAUUUUCGCUUGACGGUAAACGCGAGUGCGGAAGUGAAUAUCGCACAGGGACUAGCCGAUGCCCUGCACCGUUUCGAUGUCGAGUGCAGAGGGCGACUACAAGAUCCGGACGAGUUGGUUGAAUCGUUUCACAAGUGCUCACUACCAUUCGGCUGGAAGCUUCAAUGCGUGGCAUGCAGGGAAGAGUGUGUUUGGAUGGACAAUGAGCAAGCAGUCGAAGUGGGUGUCUCCAAAAUCCGUGAAGUCACCUGCUUGAGCAAGCCGGGCGGGCACUCUGGCGAAAGCAACUACGAGAUUCGCUUUUCCUCAGAACCAGCCAGCAAGGCGGUUCGAGGAAGGCACGCAGAUGCUUGGGAACAUGCCAGCCAACUUCUCUCGACCGUGCAAAUGCUCCAUGAGUCCCUGAAACUGAGCUAG